AUGGCAACAACCGCUCAGCUGUUCGAGGAGCCCUUUGAUGCAGAUGAGUACAUUGAAAGGUUGGCAUGGAGGACUCCUGGAGGAGGCUCUAAAGGAGGAGCUGAGGCUUUUGACCCCAAAAGGCUGUUGGAAGAAUUUAGGAACCACAUCGAGGAGCUGAGGCAACUGGAUAAGAAGAUCCAGAGGAAGGUGGAGAAGCUUGAGGGUCAGUGUCAUCGUGAGGCCAAGGAAUUUGCUCACAAAGUGCAAGACUUGCAGAAAAGCAACCAGGUGGCCUUUCAGCACUUCCAAGAGCUUGAUGAGCACAUCAGCUACGUGGCCACCAAGGUUUGUCACCUAGGUGACCAGCUGGAGGGGGUGAACACUCCUCGCCAAAGGGCCGUGGAGGCCCAACGUCUGAUGACAUACUUCAACGAGUUCUUGGAUGGAGAACUACGCAGUGACGUAUUUAACAACCCAGACAAGAUUAAGGAGGCUGCUGAUAUCAUUCAGAAGCUGCAUCUCAUUGCCCAGGAGCUGCCAUUCGACAGAUUUGCAGAUGUAAAGGCAAAAAUUGCAAGUAAAUACCAUGACCUGGAGCGGCAGCUGAUCCAGGAGUUCACUGCAGCCCAACGUAGAGGUGAAAUUGGUCGUAUGCGGGAGGUCGCAGCAGUCCUACUACAUUUCAAGGGCUAUGCACACUGUGUGGACGUCUAUAUUAAGCAGUGUCAGGAAGGUGCUUACUUGCGAAAUGAUGUGUUUGAGGACACUGCAGCCCUCUGCCAGAAGGUUAACAAACAGGUGGGGGAGGUCUUCAGCAGUCCAGAGACGGUCAUGGCCAAACUCAUCCAAAACAUCUUUGAAAACAAACUGCAGGCUCAUGUUCGGGAAAAACUGGAUGAGACUAAGCAUUCUGAUGUAGAACAGUAUCUCAAAAACCUCUAUGACCUUUACACCAGAACCACAGCGUUAGCCACAAAGCUGACAGAGUUCAACCUGGGCUCAGACAAGCAUACGUUCCUGUCAAAGCUGAUAAAGAGCAUUUUCUCGUCCUACUUGGAAAGUUACAUCGACAUGGAAAGAGAAUACCUUCAUACUCGAGGGGCCAUGAUUCUGCAAAGAUACUACGACUCCAAAAACCACCAGAAACGCCAAAUUGGCCCUGGCAGUAUUCAAGAAUUGAAAGAGCGGAUCAGACAGCGUACCAAUCUUUCACUGGGUCCCAGCAUCGACACCCACGGGGAGACCUUUCUGUCCCCUGAACUGGUUGUUAACCUGUUGCAGGAGACUCGUCAUGCCUUUGAGCGAUGUCACAGGCUUUCAGAUCCUUCUGAUCUGUCCAAGAACGCCUUCUCGAUUUUCCUGCUGUUGGUGGAACAUCUGUGUGUGGAUCACAUUGACUACGCCCUGGAGAUUGGCCUUGCAGCAAUUCCCUCUCCUGAUGCCAAAAAUGCCAACUUGUACUUCCUGGAUGUAGUUCAGCAGGCAAACUCCAUCUUCCACCUGUUUGAUAAGCAGUUUAAUGACCAGCUCAUGCCUCUCAUAAGCUCUUCCCCAAAGUUGGCAGAGUGUUUGCACAAGAAGAAGGAGGUGAUCGAGCAGAUGGAAGUGAAACUGGACACAGGCAUCGACAGAACAAUAAACUGCAUGGUGGGGCAGAUGAAGCACAUCCUGGCCACCGAGCAGAAGAAAACUGACUUCAAGCCUGAGGAUGAGAACAACGUCAUGAUCCAGUACACCACGGCCUGCUCCAAGGUGUGUGCCUACGUCAGUCGGCAGGUGCAGCACGUGCGGAAGUCCAUGGACGGGAAAAAUGUAGACACAGUGCUGACGGAGCUGGGCGUUCGCUUUCACAGACUCAUCCAUGAGCAUUUACAGCAAUACAGCUACAGCUCAAUGGGAGGCAUGCUGGCCAUCUGCGACGUGGCUGAAUACCGACGGUGCGCCAAGGACUUCAGGGUUCCUCUCGUGCUGCAGCUCUUCGACACACUCCACGCCCUCUGCAACCUGCUGGUGGUCGCUCCUGACAACCUCAAACAAGUCUGCUCAGGAGAACAACUCACUAAUCUGGACCGGAACCUCCUGCACGCCUUUGUCCAGCUCAGGGUGGACUACCGUUCAGCCAGAUUGGGCCGACAUUUCAGUUAAUGACUGUUAGGACACUCGCUGCGCUCCGUCCAGAGAAAUAUGCUUUGAUGAGAGGAUGCACCUUUUACAAUAAUUACCAUUUAAUCGUUCCUGCCUCAUGGAGGAGAGCUGCUCCAACAACUUGGGAAAUGUGCAUUUUACCUUCUUUUCAUUAUUUCUGUGCGCUGAUGAAAUUUAAAUGUCCAUCAAUUUGGAUUUUCUUUUGUUUUUAAGUACUAAUCCAUCAUAAAUUUCUAACAUAUUUAACAUAGAAGUAAAAAAAAAAGAUUCUUUGUAAACAAAAAAGAACUUCUUGUGCCAAAUCUGAAAGUUCUGCAGCUGCACCUGUGCACAAGAAUUGACUGAAGUUGUUUUAAACAGGCUAAAAAAUCAAUCUGCAGUUUCACUAAAUACUGGAAACACUUUGUGAUGAGAUGAACAGACUUUUUGAAUUAGACCUCCGUCUUCCUAAAGGCUCUUUUACACCAACAGAAGCUGCACCGACGGUAGUUUACUGCGCUUCAUGUUGCCAGAGUCGGUGCAAACAAUACUCUGAGAUGGUCUCCAACUGGCAAAUAAUCCACAUCCGUGCAAAACAGCAGAACAGAGCAGCAGUUAAUGCAUUAUUCGACAAGAUAAAAUAUGAAUAAUAAAACAAGGCUUCCAUAAAGUACACUCAUUAAUAAUUCAGUUUUUUAUAGCCAACAUUCAGGCGGAGGUGCAUCUCAAAAACUCGGGACAUUAAUUUAAACAUUUAAGUCCAUUCACUCGGCUAGUCAGAGCAACCAGUUUACAAAAAGCAUUGAUUUUGUACAACAGGGAAAUGGUUCUGACAUCUUAUUGUCUCAGCAUGUUGUAAUGAGGCCCUAAAAGAGUGCACAUGAUCACCUUUUUACCCUUUGACCCCAAACAAUGAAAGAGAAGUCAAGAGGCCGUCGCAGAGGAGUGUGACCCGAGCUACAAAGAAGCCUGUGAAUCUCUGGAGGUUCGGGUGGUCCUCUCACGGCUCAGAUGAUUCCUGCGAUGGGUCACUGAGUACGUGUCACUGUAAUUGCACAGAUCAACACUUGCGCAUCCAAGACGAGACGUUGUUGGCCUAAUCUGUCGUGUUUCUGGGUCAGAGGACACUAAAAUGUUAACUUGUGGUGAUUAGAGAAAACAGAAAUGGACUUCUUCACACGGAUUUUUUUUUUUAGUUUUUGGAGGAUCGUGACCCUGAUUCCUGAAACUUUCUCAAAGCUGCUCCCACUGUACUGCCUUUUACCGUCAUCAGUGAGUCAAUAAA